GUUUUGAUGCCUUUGUGGAAAGCCAAGAGAUUGCAAGCUUUCCUCACUUCUGAGAGCAAGAUGUUCCACAAUGCAGUGGCAGUGGCAGUGGCAGAGAAAACCUUCCCACAACCCCACCAGUUGAAAUUAUUUGACUGACAGUCUGCAGCAUACCUUCCCUGCCUGAAUGAGUGGGACAGAAUGAAGUGCUGGUGUGAAAUUGGUUCUUUAGGUAUGAACUAUGUCUUUUAAGCUGAAAUGCUCAGAAAAUGAUACAGAGUGAUUCUCAAAACCAGAUUGCUUCUGACGAAAUAAUUAAAGAGUUGUGUACAAGUAAUGGAUUGGCUUAUGAAAGACUUGAGCAAGAAGGAUCUUCAACACAAAGCUUGGAGAUGUUUUUCUCAGGCUACCCCAGAAUAGUAGGCCUGUCUCAUUUUCCCAAUUUAACAAAACUAACCCUGGUUAGGCAGCACAUCCAGUGGAUUUCUGAUUUAGAGUACUGUCCAUUUCUUAAAGAAUUAUGGAUAGCUGAAUGCUGUUUGAAAAAAAUUGCUGGUUUGGAAAAAUGUGUUCUUUUGAAAAAACUUUACCUGUACUGCAAUAUGAUUUCCAUUAUUGAAAAUCUGGAAAUGCUACAAAAGCUGGAGAUACUUUGGCUUAAUGGGAACCAGAUUAAAGAAAUACAGGGGCUGACUUCAUUGCAGAGACUGAAAGAACUCAAUCUUGCAGAUAACAAUAUCAGUAAAAUUGGAAACCUCUUGGAUCCAAGUGAAAGCAUUGAAAAAUUAAAUUUGUCUGGCAACAGAAUACGCUCAUUUAAAGAAAUUACCAAUUUGGCAAGAUUACCUCACUUAACAGACCUGUGUUUGAAUGACCCCCAGUAUGAAGCUAACCCUGUUUGUCACCUUUGCAAUUAUGCAACACAUGUGCUAUAUCACAUUCCUUUGCUUCAAAGGCUUGACACUUAUGAUGUAUCUUCUAAACAAAUCAAAGAGCUGGCAGAGACAACUGUGAUGAAAAAAGUGAUGUACUACAAUAUGCGAAUCAAGAGUGUUCAUAGACAACUGAAUGAGGAGCUUGAAAAGCUAAGAGAAAGAAAGAACAAACUACAGAAAUUGCCAGAAGAUCGUCUUAAACAUUUCAGCUGCUAUGUGAAACAUGUAAGAAAGGCAAAUCUCACCAUUACCAAACUGGAACGUGAACUGAUGGAACUUCAAGCAAGUGGCAGAAUACAAGCUAGUAAAGUUUCUUCAAGCUGGAACUUUGAAUAUGAAAAACCAGAUGGGGAUGUGGAGAGUCCAGAUGAGACCCCAGAAGAAUCCAGCCUGGAGCAACUAUUUCUUCAUAAAUUAGAUGCCCUCAAAAGAAGAAUAAAUUUCUGGAACAACAAACUGCAGGAAAUUGAAACUAUUUAUCAAGUGGAAGUCAAGAAGAAGAAGAAAACCAGCAAUUUGGCAGUACAGUUUUUGCUUACUGAACUGGAAUCUGUGGGAAACACACGAUUUGAAGAGGGCUCACCAAAUGAUGUUUGGUUUAAUUCAUGCUAUGAAUUGAUUUUAUCCCGAUUUUGUGCCUGGGACUUCAAAGUAUACGGCAUCACUGCACUGAAAGUAAAUCGUGUCAUUAGGGUGCACAACCGGAUUUUGAGGCUGAAUUUUGAGGAGAAAUUCCAAAACUUUUUAGAUAAAGAAGAGUUAAAUGAAUCCAUAAACUUCAAGAAGAUGUUAGAGUAUCUUUUCUAUGUAUCUCCCCCUGAAACAUCCUUGAAGAAAAAGCAAUUAAUUCAAAUUCUAGAAGAAGGUUUUCAGGAAGCAAAAACAGAAAAUGGAGUCCUUUUACUUUCAAACAGUCUAAGUAUCUGUGAACAUCCAAGAAUUGAAAACCUGCAAAAACAAUCCCAGAGUAAAGGAGAUUUUGAGGAGUCAAUCAGAUAUGGGAAACUUAUAAUUGCCAAAGUCUUUCUUGGGCAUAGUGUUGGAGCCCUUCCUACAGAUCCAGUAACCCCAGCCAGCUAUCCUGGGAUCGAUAGUGUAUACAAGCCUCGCAGAUCGUCUCAAAACAGCCCUCAUACAUCCACCAAUGGGACUGUGGAACCAGACAAAGCCAAAUCUUCCGAAUCAUGUUCUUCUGUGGAAUGCAAGAAUUGUGACUGUAGCCUCCGACAGUGUGAAUGGUUUGUGUUUGAUCAUGAGCUUGUUUUGCCAGAGUACGUCAUUGAAUUUGAGUACAUUACACAGGUCAAAGUGGAGGCUUUAUUCUCCUCACCCAGCAAUGUGAUUGGGGAGGAUGGAAGGCGAAAUUCAGCAGGCUUUGUGUUUUCUCGGGAUCUCCAACAUGAUGAUGAAGUGUUAAGCAUGGAGCCAAUAAUUAAGCCCAAGCCCAAAAUUAUUUGCUUGGAUGAAAAAACUGUAAUGGCAAUCUCCAAGGCCAACAUAUAUAGUCAGAUUGUUGUUCUGAAUCUACAUGGAAACCGGCUUACCAAACUCCGAGAUAUCUCCAGACUCACUGGACUUCGCAAGCUUAUUAUCAGUUUUAAUGAAUUUACUUGUUUAGAUGAUGUUUACCACUUGCCCAGCUUGGAAUAUUUUGAUGCCAGCCAUAACCAUGUCAUAACUCUUGAAGGCAUUAGAGGAUUAAACAAACUGAAGUAUUUGGACUUGAGCUGGAAUCAGCUGAAAAAGCCAGCGGAAGAAAUUGGUGUCUUGCGUAAACACACACCGAUGUUGCUCAGCUUGGAUAUCAGGCAUAAUCCAUGGCAUAAGCCAGCCUCUGUGCGCCUGAGUGUGAUUGGUCAGUUGAGAGCUCUAAGACACCUUGAUGGAAUUUUGAUUACGGGGGAAGAGGCAGCAGCUGCUAUUCAAUAUAUAACAGACUCCAAAAUCACCGAGAUGUCUUUGAUAGAGUAUUCUCGGACAGAUCAGGAGAAGCUGCAUAUCCUUAGUGUCUUGCCGUAUGCCAAAAUCUUGAGUCAGAUAAGCAGUAACAAAGUGGAUGUAUUUCAAAACAACUGGCAUUCUACUAUUACUGUAUUAGAUCUGGAUGGACAGCAUCUCUGCAAAAUCAGUGGGCUAGAACAGCUAGAGAAUUUGCGAUGGGCAUCAUUCAGCAACAACAAUCUGACUAAAAUAGAAGGUUUAGAUCAUUGCCUUAAUCUGGAGGAACUCACAUUAGAUGGGAACUGCAUUGUAAACCUUGAAGGUAUUUCAAAACUCUCCAAGCUCAUGCGACUAAGUGCCAACAACAACCACCUCACCAGCCUGGAGAGAAAUGUCUUUGAUAACCUAUCACACCUCCAUUACCUUUCUCUUGAAAACAACCGGAUCACAUCAUUAGGAGGUUUACAAAAGGCCUAUGCACUCAUUGAACUCUACAUAAGCAACAACUAUGUGUCCUCAAACCAAGAAAUAUAUCAAUUGAAGGGGCUAAAUAAUCUAGCUAUACUGGACUUUUAUGGAAAUUUGAUUGUUUGGAAGCAAGAAAAUUACCGCCUUUUUGUCAUUUUUCAUAUUUCUUCUCUGAAAGCCUUGGAUGGUGUUGCUGUGGAAGCAACUGAAAUAGAAAAUGCGAAAGACCAGUUUGGUGGUAAACUUAAUGCUGAUAUGGUGGCAGAAAGACUGGGCCAUUCAAACUUCAGCAAAAUGCAAGAAUUAAACUGGACAGCCUCUAUGAUCAGAAUGGUGGAUCUUGUGCCAGCAGACCAGUUUAAAAACAUCACUAAUGUGAAUUUACAGAACAAUAAUCUUACCUCUUUCAGUGGUUUGAUCUUCCUACCUAAUAUUAAGGUUCUCUGCCUCAAUUACAAUCACAUUGAAUCCAUUUUCCCAAGACAAAAGCCUUCCAAUCACUUAACAAACAGACAGUUGCUACAUCAGAAAGUGAUGUCCAGUGGAUAUGGACAGCAAGGGUCUUCAAAAAACAGCAGGGAUGCAGGAGUCAGUGAAAGUUUGUCUCCAAUAAUGGAGAGUUUAGAAGUUCUCCAUUUGGGCUAUAAUGGAAUUACAAAUUUGGUCUUGUUACAGAUUAGUAGGCUAAAGAAUCUGAAGUUUUUGUUUUUACAGGGAAAUGAAAUCAGCCAUGUUGAAGGGCUCGAAGGCCUGCAGAUUUUGCAGGAAUUGGUGCUGGAUCAUAACAAAAUUAAAGUUAUCAGUGAGAAUUCUUUUGCCAGACAGAGCUCCUUGCUGGCUCUUCACCUGGAGGAGAAUCGUCUGCGUGAACUCAACAAUUUGCUUCCCUUGGGGAAACUACAGAAGCUUUUCCUUGGUCUCAACAGAAUUCAGGAUUUGGUUGAACUUGAAAAACUUGAAUAUCUUCCUUGUAUUAAAGAACUUUCAAUAUACGGAAAUCCAGUAUCACGCAAGAUUUCCCAUCGCCCCCUCCUUAUAUUUCGCUUACCUAACCUUCAGGUUUUGGAUGGCGUAACAGUUAGCCCAGAAGAGAGGGCAAGAGCUGAAUUCCAUUUGCUAGAACAGCAAGUUCUUCCUUCUGCCAAUUCUCCAAUAGAGUGUGGAUUUCCUGGGCUCUUAUCUUCUUUCCCCAAAGCAUGUCCCUUGAAGAUUGCCAAUAUGAGUCUUUCGGGAGCAAUCAGCCAUGCGUAUGUGACUGAGUUUGGUUUUCCCUAUACUAUUGAUGAAGUGAAUGGAGGCGAAGCUAACAAAAGUAGGAAACCAAAGAACACAGCCCUGGGAUUGUGUAGUUCUCGAAGCAUUCAUGCUGAAUUAGCCAUGAGGCAAGCCAAAAGUACAUCGGGUAACUUUCCAAGCCAUGGGACCUCAUAGAUCAUCCUUGCUGAAUAAUUGCCACAAUACAUUUUCAUUUUGCUGCAGUGAAAGGACAGUGAACUGUUCCUCUGGAAAUUACUGGAGACAAUUUUGAGUGCCAGACUGAGGGAUGCUGGUAUACAUAAAAACAUAACACCUGAUACUUGUGUGCAUUUGAAUUUCCGUCCAACUAUAUUGUAAAUCAGUUUUAUUUAUUCAUAGGGGGAAAAAAGACCACUCCGAACCAUGAUUUUCCAGAUGUAAUAUGCUGUUGCUAAUAGAAAUAUUCUCUAUUUCAUUAUAUUAGCAGAGUGCUUUCUUUCUCAUGUUACCAUAUGCUGGGAUUCCCUGUAUUAUGUAGGUUUGGGUAGAAACACAUGUUAUGUGUUAAGCAGGAAAACAAGAGAUCCAAAAUUAUGAAGUUAUAUGUUGCAGAAGGCUGACUGAACGAUUUUUUAAAAAAAAUAUUUUGAGAAAUAGUAAUUGUAAAGAAAAAUAUAAUAUUCCCAUCAAUUCCUAUAAUAUGUGCAAUUAAGAAGAGUUGGAAAUGUACCAUAUGUUGGAAUCUCAUCUGUGGAUUAAAUCAAAGCAUGAUUUCUAAACAGAAGGCUUGUAUGAAAUAAUUACUAUAAAACAGUAACAUCUCCAGACAUAAUGCCUCAAAUGAAUCAUGUUUGGCGUUUCACAAAAAGAAAAAUACGUUAAUUUGUUUUAGAGAACAUGAAGAAAGAGCUUACAUAUCUACUGCAGGAUGGAGCCUGUCAGAAAAGCAGAGCAAAAUAACCUGUCAAAGGGUACAUUGCCAUACUGGAAAUGAUUCUUUGGGUGGGUUUAAUAUUAAACUCUUAACUCAGUUUUGACAAAAAGUUUGGAAUUUUCACAAAUCAUUGAGUUCACACAACAGACUGAACUAAAAAAUGCCCAAGUUUCAUUUUAUCCUGGUUUAACAUGUUCCAGUUACAUCUGAGUAAGAAGAAAAGGUAUGAGGUAGAGGAAGGUUUGAAUAUGAACUGCUUUUCAAUGGUUGGGGUGGAGCAGUCAAGGAGAGGUUUACAGCUGUGACCAUCUUUACAAUUGAUCUUAGGCAAUAAAAUUGAUGGAACAGAUCCUUAUAUCCCUACACCAGGGACCCCGAUGUAAGGAAACAUUUGGCAACUAGUAGGCAGAGAAAGAACUAACCAAUUUGCCCUUCUUCUCGUGGCUUAUUGCUCUGUCAAUUCCUGUAGGCUAUAUAUAUUUAAAAUAGUGGAGGUGCACAAUUCACCUAGGCCAUAAGUCUUAAAUCGAGUACAUUGUGUUGGUUAUUUAUUUACUAGUGUUCAAGGGUGGUGUGAGUAAAGCUCAUCAAUGCUGACAUCUGCCUGAAGGCCCCCAGGGCAAGCAGAUUCUUCCUGUGAGCCUCCAGUUUAAUAUGCCACAUGACUGGGAUUGUAUGCCAGAUCUUGGGAUCUUCUGGGAAAUUAAAAUGAUUGCUCUCAGGAACCCCUGGGUGGUUGAUACCGUGUCUCCCCCUGCCACCACCCUCCCUGGGGUCAGAAAGUUUAUUUUUUCCCGAAGCACCCUCAGAACUAGGUAUGUUUAAAAGCGUUUAUGUAGUCACAUGUUUAUUCUUAAAAUGUAGUUUAUUUAAUGUCUUGAAAUUAAACAAAACAGUCAUGAAUUUACCAUACUUCAUUACAAAUGUAUACUCACGUAUACUCACGUUGUUCUUAAAAUAAUUACAAUAAAAUACAGCACUUUCUGUUAAAAAUGAAAAGGAAGCGAACGGUUGCUGACUCAUUUUUAAAAUCUGGCAGCUCGUCCCACUACAGUUUUAUUUUCAAAAUUAAUCAAAGGUGGAAAAUGAAAGAACAAAAUCACAAUUUUCUCUAUACAUAACAUUUUAAAAAUCUGUUGAACUUUCUGUCAAUAACCAUUCUUAUCUAGCGCUACAUGCUAUAUCAGUAUAAUAGUUACUGAUAAAGGGAGAUAUUGACAACAUGUAAUUUCAAUUUCCAGAAAUCACAGAGUUGGGAAAGGUGGCACUAGCUGGAAGGAAAGAGAGAAGCCAUAGUUUUUAAUACAAACAGAUCCUUUUAAUGAAAAGGUUUACUCAAAAAGAUCUACCACCAAGGAUUUCUCUUGGUAUAUGAAAAUGUAUUUUUCAUAAUAUUUUAUUGAUGUAUUCUUUUCCAUUAAAAAACUUCAAGGCAAAAUGUAUACAGGAUACAAUACAAAAUAUUAAUCAUGAAUAAUUUGCUUAAAGCAAACAUACCUGAGAAAAGGACUGCAAUAUUUCAACUGUAUUCUCUCAUUAGGACAGUCCAUGGAUGGGAUACAAGGCACACUGUCUGUUAGCAUGGGAAUUAAACCCAAAUGAGCUGCCCUGCAUAUAUUGGGCUUUAGAUCCUAUUGUUCCCAAAAUGUGUAUCCAGGCUGUAGGGUUGCUUCCUAAGUGUCCUCUGUUAAGAGUUGACUCCAUAUUCAAAGCCAACAUUUUAUCUUUGUUUUCUUCAUCACAAAUGAAGAUACAUAAACACUCUGCUUCUAAACUAUCUAAGCUCUUUUAAGCAUGACUGGCAUUGAUCUGGAACAGAGAGUCCUGGGAAGAAGGAAUUCAAGGGAGAAAUUGGAAGAUGAGCUCCCAAGAACAUUUAUUUAUUUAUUUAUUUAUUUAUUUAUUUAAUUAAACUUUUAUACUGCCCUUCUCCCGAAGGACUCAGGGCGGUGUACAGCCUGCAUUAAAACAAUUAAUAUACACACUAAAAUAACAAUUAAAAAACUUAUUCAAUAAAAGGCCGAAAUUAAAACCGUCCAAUUGACCAUAUAAAAUACCCAAUAAAAUUACAAUUGAAAAAUUUAAAAUUUAAAAUUUAGAAUUUAAAAAUCAGGCCAGUCCCGCUUGGAUAAAUAAAUAAGUUUUCAGUUCCCGGCGAAAGGUCCGGAGGUCAGGCAAUUGGCGUAAACCGGGGGGAAGUUCGUUCCAGAGAGUAGGUGCUCCCACAGAGAAGGCCCUUCCCCUGGGGGCCGCCAGCCGACACUGCUUGGCGGACGGCACCCUGAGAAGACCCUCUCUGUGAGAGCGCACGGGUCGGUGGGAGGCAUGUGGUAACAGCAGGCGGUCCCGUAAGUACCCGGGCCCUAAGCCAUGGAGCGCUUUGAAGGUGGUAACCAAAACCUUGAAGCGCACCCGGAAGACCACAGGUAGCCAGUGCAGACUGCGCAGGAGUGGUGUUACCCGGGAGCAACGUGGUGCUCCCUCAAUCACCCGCGCAGCUGCAUUCUGGACUAGCUGAAGUCUCCGAGUGCACUUCAGGGGUAGCCCCAUGUAGAGAGCAUUGCAAUAAUCCAGACGAGAAGUGACGAGAGCAUGAGUAUGAUACAGUACUUGUUCUGUUUCCCUCCCCCAAUACUCCCAACAAAGAGUCAGUCAAAGGCCUUCUUUUUUAAUUUAUUUACAUAGAUAAAUGUUCUGGCCACAUCUACCCACGGGCCUGCCAAGUCUCUGGACAUAACGAGGAAAUUAUAGAUAAGGCCAGAAUUACUCACGAAUAUAUUCUUCCCUCCAUUGAUACAGUUUGCCCGCGCAAAUUCACUGCUUUGUCCAAGACAAAAAACCAGGAAGUUCCGCCUCCUUUUUAUAGUCUCUGCAGAUGUCACUGCAUGACCAUCAUUCUUUGGCUUUGUCCCAACGCUUCCUCUGCUGUGCGCGCCGGUCAUGUCUGCGCAGUCUUGCAUCACUCCAAAACUGUUCUUGGGGCGUUGCCAAAUCAGAAGAAGGCCCGGGAGAAUCAGGCCUUGCCGGCCCCUCCUCCUCCCUUUGGGUGGGUGCCAGGGAGGGAGAGGGCCCAAGAGAAGCAGGUCUUGCCAGGUCUUCUCCCUCACUUUCUGAAUCAUCCAAGUCCAGGAGUCCGGGUCCAGGAACCUGGGUCACAACAAUACUGUUAUGUAUCUUAUCCAGGGUUUCCUUAACCCUGACUAGGAAUAUCACUGUUUGAUGCCGCCAACCUUUUUUAGUGAAGUUCAGCAACUACGUACACCUUUAUGUAACAGUUUUGCAUUCAAGGCCUUAUAGCAGAGAUCAGAUCCUAGAAUGAUAUUUGGGAGGGCGGCUGGUCAAUCCAUAAGUUGAACCAGAUAAAAUUCCCUCACAUUAAUAGCAAGUUAUAUCACUGACCAACUAGUCAGAAGGGGCCAGAAGGGGCCGGGAAGGGGCCGGGAUAGCUCAGGCAAUAGAGAAGCCUGUUAUUAAAACACAGAGCCUGCAAUUACUGCAGGUUCGAACCCGGCCCAAGGUUGACUCAGCCUUCCACCCUUUAUAAGGUAGGUAAAAUGAGGACCCAGAUUGUUGGGGGGGCAAUAAGUUGACUUUGUAAAAAAAUAAUAAUAUACAAAUAGAAUGAGACUAUUGCCUUAUACAUUGUAAGCCGCCCUGAGUCUUCGGAGAAGGGCGGGGUAUAAAUGUAAACAAAAACAAAAAAAUGAAUGAAUGUGAUAAGCAAUUAUUUUUAAGUGAAUGAAAUAGAAUUAACCUGCCUAUAGAAUAUAGUCCAAUUCUGAAUGAUUACGAAGUUUUUAUUAAAAAUGGUAGAUAAGACUUUCAGUGACAGAUUCAGCCACGGUUGACAAAGAAUAGCAUAAUCCAGGAUCUCUAUUUCCUUGUGCAAGGUCUUAUACUUGUAUACCUGGUCAAAAAUAAUUUAUUGGCAAUGAGUAGCCUGGGAGGAGACAGAUGGCUAUUUAAACUUAGUAUAUUCUAUAGCACAAAUUUACUCUGAUUAAUGUAUUAGUUGAGAAAUCAUUCUGUGCUAUCAAAAAGCUAUUUUAAAUAUUGUAUCAUUAUGGACAUGGAGAGUUUUUUUUUCUUUUCUGUUUUAAACGAUUUAAUGUACAUUCAGCUUUUAAAAUUCAAGGAAUUGACCAAAGUAAUACACAGCCACUAAAUCAACAACAGGUCAGCAGUGACAACAGCAGAAGAAAAUGUCUGUAUUACAAAAUUUCCCUUGACUGCCAAGAACUUUUUCCAAGUGAAGGACCAUCACAAAAAGUCUCUCAUUGGCUUCCACUUGCCCUUAUUUCAUUUUAUUUAUUUCAUUUAUUUAUUUAUUUUGUCACACAGUGUAUAUAUAAGCAUAAGCAUGAAAUAAUUAUACAAUAUAUAAGCAUAUAUAUGAAUAUGUAAUAACUAUAUUAAUUGAAUAUAACGAAAGGAAAAAAUAGGGCAGGAAUGAUAGGCACGUUAGUGCUCUUAUUUACGCCUCUUACAGACCUCUUAGGAAUGGGGUGAGAUCAAUAAUAGAUAGUUUUUGGUUGAAGCUUUGGGGAUUUUGGGAAGAGACCACAGAGUCAGGUAGUGUAUUCCAAGCAUUAACAACUCUGUUACUGAAGUCAUAUUUUCUGCAAUCAAGAUUGGAGUGGUUAACAUUAAGCUUAAAUCUAUUGUGUGCACGUGUAUUGUUGCAAUUGAAGCUGAAGUAGUCUUCGACAGGAAGGACAUUGUAAUAGAUGAUUCUAUGAGUUAAACUCAGGUCAUGCCGAAGGCGGCUGUGUUCUAAAUUUUCUAAACCCAGGAUUUCAAGUCUGGUGGCAUAAGGUAUUUUGUUGUAUUCAGAGGAGUGGAGAACUCUUCUUGUAAAAUAUUUCUGGACACGUUCAAUUGUAUUGAUGUCAGAAAUGUGGUAUGGGUUCCAGACAGUUGAGCUGUAUUCAAGAAUUGGUCUAGCAAAGAGUUUUUGGAGAAGAAGCUACGCAAGAUUAGGUUUACAACUCUUAAGGCCUUUUUUUGCGAUGUAGUUACAGUGGGCUUUGGCACUUAGAUCAUUUGAUACGAAAACUCCAAGAUCUUUAACAGAGUGGGGGUCAUCAGUAAGGUAAUGUCCAUCAAGCUUGUACUUAGUGUUUAGGUUCUUUUUUCCAAUAUGUAAGACUGAGCAUUUGCUGGUUGAGAUUUGGAGUUGCCAGGUUUUAGACCAAUCAGAUAAAAAGUCAAGGUCUUUUCUCAGCAAAGAGAACACAAUUACUUGUAAUAUGGUUACAGAGAUCAUUAAUGUAUAAUAUGAAGAGUGUUGGUCCAAGAACGCUGCCUUGGGGAACGCCACUUUUGACAGGAACAGGAUUUGAUAGAGCAUUGCCAAUUUUGACCACUUGUUGUCUGUUUGAUAGAAAAACUGUUAUCCAAUUGUGGAGGGGUCCUGAGUUGCCGUAGGAUUUUAGUUUUAGGAGAAGUUUAUCAUGUACUACUGAGUCGAAAGCUUUACAGAAGUCUAUGUAGAUUGCAUCUAUUGCUUUGCCCUGAUCAAGAUUUGUAGUCCAUAUGUUUUUGCAGUGAAGAAGUUGUAAAUUACAUGAUAAUUUUUUUCUGAAACCAAAUUGUUUAUUAGAGAGUAGGUUGUUUGUUUCUAGGUGGAGGGUAAUGGAUUGGUUGAUGAUAGAUUCCAUUACUUUGCAGGUGACACAGCAAAGAGAGAUAGGUCUGUAAUUUUCGACUAGGCUGGGGUCUCCUUUUUUGAAGAUAAGGAUUACCGUGGCAAGUGACCAAAGUUUGGGAAGGGAACUGGUCGCGAAAGCUUUUUCACAUGGCUUUCUGCACAAAUCUUAAAAUUCUGGAAAAAGUUGUAAUCAUAUGCUGAGAAUGUGUUUCUUGCAUCUGCCGAGACAGUUUGAAAAGAUCAGGGGUGACCAGCCCCUUAGUGAAAUAACCAUCUUAGCUUUCUUCAUGAGCUGGCUGCAGGCUGCCAUUUUCUCUUUAAUCACUUAUCCUUUGGAAGCUCUAGCUUGCUUUUAAGCUUUGUGUAAUCCCUUGUGAUAAUUUUCUUUUACAAUAAGAGGCAUUUUCCUUAUCUUACAACAGAUCUGUUCUACAAAUCUCUUCAUUGAGGAGAAUUAGCUGCCCCGUCCCUUACUUUGGAUGAUUUACAAAUACAUUUUUGCUCUUUGGAAUGCAUGGAUGAGUCUGUCUGAGUCUGUGUCUAUACAUAAAACAUACAGAUCACACACACACUAUAUAUAUAUAUAUUGUUAAAAUAUGUCAUAGACAUCUACAUCACAUUUUGUUAAAAUAUGUCAUAGACAUCUACUUCACAUGGCCAAAAAGCUUUAGGCUUCUCUUAAACAUCUUGCUAUUAUGAGACUUCCUAAUGUAUUAUCUAGUAUAUCAGAGAGAGCUAUCCAUAGUCAGAAAUAGUAUAGGUCAAUCUCAACUUAUGAUUCAUUUAGUGACCAAAAACAGCACUGAAAAAACUGACUUAUGGUGAUCCUCGCACUUAUGACAGCACCAGUGUGGUGACAUGAUCAAAAUUCAGGCACUUGGCAAUAUUACAGCAUCCAAAGCCAUGUGAUCAUCACUUGCAAUUUUCUCAGCUAGCUUCCAACAAGCAAAGUCAGUACAGAAGUCAGAUUUGCUUAAUAAGCACAUAAUUCACUUAAUUACAGUGAUUCACUAAACAAUGUUGGUUAAAAAAAAGGUCAUAAAAUUGGGCACAAUUCACUCACCCACCUUGCAGAAAUUCUGGUCCCAAUUUUGGUGGUAAGACUAUCCUGUACUGAGACUAUACAAAGGACUCUUUCAGUUUUGAUUGACAAAGAAAAAAGAAACAAAACACCACCCUAUCCUUUUAUCGUGUAUAAUACUUGUUUUAAAAGUGCUCAAAAUAAAAAAUUAAAAUUCAACCUCUAUCAAAAUAUCAAGAUUAUGAGAAUAUUCAGUUGUUAAAGAUACAUCACAAAUAUAUGCAUGUUGAUAUUUAACAGCACACACUACAAAUUUAAAUGUUUAAACAUCUAGAAGUGUAGAAAAUUAUCCUACUUACCAGGAUGCAUAGAGCCUCCCUUGACAUCU